AUGUCCAAAUUAGAUCAGCAACAAGCAUCUUCCGUCUUGACCGACUCCACCGCCGACCCAUCCACCACCACUCCCGAAUCCAUACCUUUCACAGCGGGCAUCCCCAUGGCCUCAGCCGUUUCCAACGCUGGCGCUGGCGCUGCUGGCCCCGGACUCGGCUGGAAGGACCCGCCCAAAGGCCUCGAGCUCGCCCAGGUUCACUACCUCGUUCGCCACGGCGAAAGAACACCGGUACGAUCUCGUCUCACACACAUUUUUCCGGAAAAGUGGAACUUAUGUCGUGCGGGACGUGAGUUUGAUGCCUGCGUGCUCGAACUGUCAUCGACGCAAAACUCGAUCCCGCCGUUCGAGGUAGGUCAGGUGCCCCCAGGCAAGACGGCUACCAUGUACAGCAGCAUAAUGCGAAUGCGUCGCAGUGUCGAGACCGAAUCUUCCAUAUCAGGGCAUGCCUCAAAGGAUGAGCAAGGCGAAUGCAUGCUCGGCGAACUCACCGACCUUGGUCGUCUUUCUACGCUUCGCUUUGGUCGCGAACUGCGCAGCCUCUACGUCGACCGUCUCGGCUUCUUGCCUCCCCUUCUCACCAGCAAGGACAGCGAUGCGCUCUACUUUCGCAGCACCAACAUGGGCCGCACCAUAGAGAGUCUGGAACAAGUGAUUCGAGGACUCCACUCGAAUGAUGUUCAAUCCAGAACAGAAGACCAAUUCAUCCCAAAGGUACUCGUCCGCAACGGCACCGAUGAGAAUCUUCUGCCCAACACCUAUGGCUGCUCUCGGCUUGGUGCGCUGGAUAGGGCGUUUGCGGAUGCCACUGCACGCCUUCUGAAUCCUUCGCUCGAGCAGUUUGAUAGCCAGUUGGAAUCCGUAGCCGGCUUCAAGCCACGCGUCGAUGGUCGACCUCGUCUGAACGGCAUCGUCGACACGGUCAAGGCGGCACAAGCGCACGGCUUCCCGAUGCCAGCCGCGCUCUCGGAGCCUCGCAUGAUGCGCAAGUUUGAAGAUGCCAUCGUGGCCGAAUGGUUCUCGGGAUACAAUGCUGCCGACCCCGAACAGAGGAGCGAGUUCCGCCGUCUGGCUAUGGGUCGGCUCGUCAAUGACUUGGCCAAGCGCAUGUCGUCACGCGCACAAAAUGGCCAGCAGGAUCCGCUCAAGUUUGCCGUCUAUGCGACGCACGACACAGCCCUGGCUGGACUGCUAAACACACUCGACUGCUUUGAUGGUCGCUGGCCCAAGUUCACUGCUUCAGUGGGUGUGGAACUCUUCCGCGAUACCUCGACUACACCGUCCAUGUUGAGCCGAUUGCAGAGCCUCGUUGGUCUCAGAUCGGCGCAGCAACCGCACUAUGUGCGAGUUCGAUAUGGUGACCGUGACAUGAAGCUGCCAGCGUGCGCUGCUAAGGAUAAGCACUACCAAGGCAGGCCAGAGCUGUGCACGCUCCAAGCUUUCAUGGGCAUCGCCCAGUCGCUGCAACAUCCUAAAGGCUGGACUUGGGAGCAGCAAUGCGCUGUAGGUCAAGGACCAAAGUCUUCCAAGUAG